GGGCUCAGAGAGAAAGCACAUAACAUAUAAACACACAAAACACAUACAUAGAGGUGGUCGGUCGGCACGUGAAUGAGAGGGUCCAUAGAUCAAAACAUGACAGUGGUGAGAGAUCCUCUUGUGGUCGGGAGAGUGGUGGGAGAUGUUCUUGAUCCUUUCACGAGGUCCAUUUCUCUUAGGGUUACGUACCAGAGAGAGGUUUCCAAUGGCUGCGAUCUCAGGCCUUCUCACGUUCUGCACAAACCUAGGGUUGAUAUCGGAGGAGACGAUCUCAGGACUUUCUACACUUUGGUCAUGGUGGAUCCUGAUGCGCCAAGCCCGAGCAAUCCACACCUCCGAGAAUAUCUCCAUUGGUUGGUGACGGAUAUUCCUGCAACAACUGGAGCCAACUUUGGGAACGAGGUGGUGUGCUACGAGAAUCCACGGCCGACGUCGGGGAUCCACCGUUUCGUGCUAAUAUUGUUCCGACAGCUCGGGAGACAGACGGUGUACGCGCCCGGCUGGAGACAGAACUUCAACACGAGAGAGUUCGCCGAGCUCUACAACCUCGGCCUGCCCGUUGCCGCGGUUUACUUCAAUUGCCAAAGGGAGAGCGGAUGCGGAGGACGAAGAACGUAAAAUCUCUUUUACUUGGAUCCAUCUCAUAUAUCAAUAUAUAUAUAUAUAUAUAUAUAUAUAUAUAUAUAUAUACGCGGACGGUAAUAAAAAUACUUGAGCAACACUAGAAAAAAAUGUUAUAUUUUUAUAAAAAGAUAUACCUAAGAUACACGAGAUGCAUAUAUGUGGAGAUUUGUGUUGUGAUGUGUUAUGUGAUAUGUACGUAUGAGAGUGAUUGAACGGUGUACGUGUUUUUUUUA